AUGAAGGAAAAGAUGGAAUGUGAGGAUUGUCGCGAAUACAACACUCCAGAAGGGGAGGAGCCUCUGCUCACCUUUAAAAAUGUGCUUUGUCCACAUCUACGUUAUGAUUGUGAUCAAAACACGUUAAGAUUUUCAAUUUGGCGUGGAAUUUUGGAAGUGUUGCAAAUUUUUCAAGACGCUCGUACAAAUGUGAAACAACUUUGGGAUGAUUUCAUACUUCAUGGGUUAACUGAUAUAAAUGAGAUAAAUGAAAUGCUUUUGGCGCAACCCUCUUCUGUGAUGUACCUCAGGAUCUCUUAUAUCGCCGGCGGUAAGCGAUUACGAUCUCUUUCUCAGAAAACGUAUUAUAUUUGA